UUUAGGCAGAGGGCGAACCCCAGGUGUCCUGCUCCCCUUUGGCUUGGCGGGGCAGGUGGCUGGUGAGCCGGCAGCGGCUGAGCUCCACUUUCGCUACUCCCUCUGGCCAUAAAUGAAUCGGCAGUCUCCUUUCAAGGGUCCCGUAGGCCUCUAGCACGUUAACAACGCGCGGUCCGGGCCAGGCAUCCGGCAAAUCCAAACUACCAGGCCGAGUUGAGGAGGACCUGGAGAACAGUAACCGAGGUAAAAAGAAAUGGGGUCCCUCUAAUUCGUUCUAACCGCGCCUAAAGCCACUCUUAUUCCUGGCGCCCAUUCCCAAAGAAUCGGAUUCGCCACCAUCUGGCUACAUCUCUCCAGGCUUGCUACCUGCAGACAACCUGGAGGCUUUCUGCUCUCCUCACCCUCCCCCACUCCCCCUUCCCAAGGCACCCCAACUUGGUCCAGCUCUCUCACCUGAACCCCCCGAAGCGCAGUUUCUUCUUUCUGGACUAAAGCCGAACCCCUCGCCGGUGGAAAGGCCCCCACCCCCACCCAGCCUAGCCUGCAAGCCGCUUGCUUUACAAGUCCAAAGGUCACCUAAAGUUUGGCUGAUAAACAGAAUCGGUAGAGAAGAUUUGGAGCCCCCAGCGUGAGUAGAAUGGGCUCUGGCGAAACCCAAUCCUGGCCCAAGUCUCCGGCUCCGUUGGACUAUCCCUUAGGUUCUCCCACUUUCUCGGUUUUUCCCCCUCCCCACCACCAUUUGCAUCUUGCCGAAAGCCGAGCCCUUCCCACUCAUUUGCAUAUCUUAUAUGGUCUAAUGGUGGCGAUCAUGGCAAGUUAGAAGUUUUCUGACUCCUCUCAAAGGAGUCUCCGGGACCCCAGAGAGUAACAGGUGUCUGAAAGCUAAAGGGUGGAGGGGUUCCAGGACUUGGGGUUCUCUUGUAAAACUCCCCUCCACCCUCCUCUCUCACACCCACCCAUCCCCUCAACCCCUUCUUUUUCCGUCCUUGGAAAAUGGUGUCCAAGCUCACGUCGCUCCAGCAAGAACUCCUGAGUGCGCUGCUGAGCUCCGGAGUCACCAAAGAAGUGCUGAUCCAGGCCUUGGAGGAGUUACUGCCAUCCCCGAAUUUCGGGGUGAAGCUGGAGACACUGCCCCUGUCCCCCGGGAGCGGGGCGGAUCUCGACACCAAGCCGGUUUUCCAUACUCUCACCAAUGGCCACGCCAAGGGCCGCUUGUCUGGAGACGAGGGCUCAGAGGACGGCGACGACUAUGACACUCCUCCCAUCCUCAAAGAGCUCCAGGCGCUCAACACCGAGGAGGCCGCGGAGCAACGGGCCGAAGUGGACCGGAUGCUCAGUGAGGACCCGUGGAGGGCUGCCAAAAUGAUCAAGGGAUACAUGCAACAGCACAACAUCCCCCAGAGGGAGGUGGUUGAUGUCACAGGCCUGAACCAGUCCCACCUCUCUCAACACCUCAACAAGGGCACCCCCAUGAAGACCCAGAAGAGAGCUGCCCUGUACACCUGGUACGUCAGAAAGCAACGGGAGAUCCUCCGACAGUUCAACCAGACAGUCCAGAGCUCUGGAAACAUGACAGACAAAAGCAGUCAGGAUCAGCUGCUGUUUCUCUUUCCAGAGUUCAGUCAACAGAACCAGGGGCCUGGGCAGUCGGAGGAUGCCUGCUCUGAGCCCACCAACAAGAAGAUGCGCCGCAACCGGUUCAAAUGGGGGCCCGCAUCCCAGCAAAUUUUGUACCAGGCCUACGACCGGCAAAAGAAUCCCAGCAAGGAAGAGAGGGAGGCCUUAGUGGAGGAGUGUAACAGGGCAGAAUGUUUGCAACGAGGGGUCUCCCCUUCCAAAGCCCACGGCCUAGGCUCCAACCUGGUCACGGAGGUCCGUGUCUACAACUGGUUUGCAAACCGCCGGAAGGAAGAGGCGUUCAGGCAGAAACUGGCCAUGGAUGCCUAUAGCUCCAACCAGACACACAACCUGAACCCCCUGCUCACUCAUGGCUCCCCUCACCAUCAGCCAAGUUCCUCUCCACCCAACAAGCUGCCAGGAGUGCGCUACAGCCAGCCAGGAAACAAUGAGGUCACUUCCUCUUCGACCAUCAGUCACCAUGGCAAUGGUGCCAUGGUGACCAGCCAAUCGGUUUUACAGCAAGUCUCCCCGGCCAGCCUGGACCCAGGCCACAGUCUCCUCUCACCUGACAGUAAAAUGCAGAUCACAGUGUCGGGAGGAGGACUGCCCCCAGUCAGCACCUUGACGAAUAUCCACAGCCUAUCCCACCACAAUCCCCAGCAAUCUCAGAACCUCAUCAUGACCCCCCUGUCUGGAGUCAUGGCCAUUGCACAGAGCCUCAACACCUCCCAAGCCCAGGGUGUCCCAGUCAUCAACAGUGUGGCUAGCAGCCUGGCAGCCCUACAGCCCGUCCAGUUCUCUCAACAGCUGCACAGCCCUCACCAGCAGCCCCUCAUGCAGCAGAGCCCAGGCAGUCACAUGGCCCAGCAGCCCUUCAUGGCUGCAGUGACUCAGCUACAGAACUCCCACAUGUACGCACAUAAGCAGGAACCCCCUCAGUAUUCCCACACCUCCCGGUUCCCAUCUGCAAUGGUGGUCACAGAUACCAGUAGCAUCAACACUCUCACCAGCAUGUCUUCCAGUAAACAGUGUCCACUGCAAGCCUGGUGAUGCUCACAUAACCACUCACUCUGUGCACAGCAACGAGGACCCCAUUUUCCAUACCAUCAGUCUCUGGGGAAGUCCAGAGACCAGACAGGCCCAUGGGAGCCCAGGAGAGGUCCCUGCUCACCUGACAUCCUGCCGGGCACCUCGGAUAAGCUGCUCCCAAGAGCUGCAGCCGGAAGAAGCCCAGCGUCCCUUCUUUGCAGUAUUGUCAUGGUGCCUCUCCUAAGAUGCCAAGUGCUCUUGUGUCCCCCAGAGGCGGCCGCUGCGGAAUGGUGCAACGAGAAAACCUGUGGAAUCUCCCCUGCAACCCGUCAUCGAACAAACUGAUGCAAAAACUUGAAUCUGUUACUGAAAUAAGAUGAGGACCAAGGAGGGUGUGUGCUAAUGAACUGAGCCAGACACUGUAAAUACUGACAGAACCCCCCUCUCCCAUCCCAGAUGAUCUCAAGAUUUCUUCUAAAGAAGUAAAUUUGUCCAAUGGGUGUAAACUAUAAACUACUCUAAUUAAGUGCAAUUUUCCUUCCACGUAUCUACCCCUGCCCUGUAUAUAAUACUAAAGUGUCUAUCACUUUUCAUUGUAAAGGUCAGAGUUGAAAUUCCAAGAGUGACUUGCUCCCUCCCCCUCCCCCACCGGAAACCGCCCCAAGUGGGAAAUGAAUCUCUUCACCAGCAUCCCCCUGGCCACAGGGAUGGCAUACUUUGGACAGACUGCCAGCUAACACUCCCCACCCCGAUGUUAAGACACAUCUCUGGAUUCCUAGAGGGGUGGGACAUAAUGGCAGCAAGAUGCCUCUAGCUCCCUGUGGGCCUGGGCGGGGACACUGACUGGCUGAUGGCCAUCUCAGGAAGCCUCCCCAUUAAAGCGAUUUAUUUUGUCACUGCUUAGAGUCUCAUAUAUCUUCCCUCGCUAUGGCUUCACCAAGAGUCCCCAGGCCUGGUCUCUGUGAGAUUUUUUUCCAGUGAAUACACAUGUUAUCCUCUCUGGUGGCCUGUGCUCACAUCUUCUUGGAACAUUCACAUUAGCUCUGUCAUGCUUCAAUCUGGGAAACAGUUGAUUACAUCAUUAGACACAAGGACAAGGUCAUGGCGCCAAUUCUGGGUCACUUAUGGUCACAGAGACAAAAACUAAAAGGGAGAAAAAUGCAGU